AUGACCGAUACCCCUCCUCUGUCAAAGGCCUCGAGCAUUGUCAUCGUGGGCGCUGGCACAUUUGGCAUCAGUACCACAUAUCAUCUUGCCAAGCGUGGAUACACCAACAUCAGAUGUCUCGAUCGUCAUCCCAUACCAAGUCUCGAUUCUGCAGGGUAUGACUUGAACAAGAUCAUCAGAACGGAAUACGACGAGCCGCUGUACACGGAAUUGGCGCUCGAGGCACUCCGUGCUUGGAGAGGUCGAGAAUGGGAUGGAAUCUUCCAUGAGACGGGACGCAUCGUGACAACGUUAGGGGACCCACUCGCAGAGAAGCACCUCAAAGACUCGUACGAGAAUCUCAAGAAGGCUGGUCAGGCUGACAGCCUUGAGCUGGUGGCGGGCAAAGAGCAGAUUGCCAAGCACGUCCCGCAGCUUCGCGACGCAGACGGCAUCGAAAAUUGGAAGGGCCUUUGGAACAGCCAAGGCGGCUGGGCUCAUGCAAAGAAGUCUCUAGAGAAAUGGGGCAAAGCAGCACAGGAUAUGGGCGUUGAGUUCAUAUCGGGAUCCAAUGGCACCAUGACUGGGUUGAGCGUCGAUAGUUCGGGCAAUCUUGACGGGAUCAAGGUUGCGUCUGGCGACGUUAUCCGCGGGAGUAGGUAUAUCCUCUGCACUGGAGCUGCAUCGCCCGAGGUACUACCUGAGUUAUCAAGGGAGAUGUGGACAAAGUGCUGGUCCUUGGCUCAUAUCGAGUUGAACGAUGAGGAGGUUGACCAGUGGAAGGGGAUUCCCGUCGUGGACAACUUUGAGCUGGGCUUCACAUUCGAGCCAGAUCCAGAAAUGAGUGGGUUACCCCGGCAAGUUGAGAAUGAGAUCUGCCUUUUAAUAACCCUCCCAGAGUGGAUGAAGAUCUGUGACGGAUCACCCGGUUAUCAGUACCGAGUCGGCACUUACACCAACUCCUCGGGUAAGGUGGAACACUACUCGAUCCCACGAUACGCCAGCGCACACCCCGAUGACGGAAUCCCCGAAGAAGCAGCCACGGCUAUCAACAGAUUUAUCGACACGGUAAUGCCGCAGUUCUCUGGUCGACCGCUGCUGGGUGCACGUGUCUGCUGGUGCACCGACUCACCUGACUCACACUGGCUCAUCGACAAUCACCCAAAACAUUCAUCGCUACUUCUGGCCACUGGAGACUCUGGUCAUGCUUUCAAGAUGUUCCCGAUCAUUGGUGACUACAUAUCAGAUGCUUUGGAGGGAAAAGAAAGAGGGCUGAGGAAAGAGUGGAAGUAUGGCAACAGAAAGUCGAAACCUGUCGCUACGAGGCCUGGCACGGAGGUGAAAGACCUCAGAGAUAUUAUGCACUUGGAAACUGCAUGA